AUGGAAAUAGAGCAGAGAAAGAACAUGAAGAGAGAAGAUGAUGAAGAAGACGAAAACAACAACAAUCAAAUGUCACUACAAGAAGAAGAACAAGAAACAGAGGAAGAGAUGUCUGGGAGGACGAUCGAACCGUGGACGAAGCAGAUAACGGUGAGAGGAGUGUUAGUGAGCAUAGUGAUCGGAGUUGUGUUCAGUGUGAUAGCUCAGAAGCUAAACCUGACGACAGGGAUUGUUCCCAAUCUCAACAGCUCUGCUGCUUUACUGGCUUUUGUCUUCGUCCAGACAUGGACCAAGAUUCUCAAGAAAUCAGGAUUUGUCGCCAAGCCAUUCACAAGACAAGAGAAUACUAUGAUCCAAACAUCCGCUGUUGCUUGUUACGGCAUUGCCGUCGGAGGUGGGUUUGCUUCAUAUCUUCUGGGGUUAAACCAUAAGACAUAUGAGUUAUCUGGUGCGAACAUGGAAGGAAACUCCGAGAAGAGUGUGAAAGAGCCAGGCCUUGGUUGGAUGACUGCUUAUCUCUUUGCCGUCUGUUUCAUCGGUCUUUUCGUCUUAAUCCCUCUCCGGAAGGUUAUGAUUAUUGACCUUAAGCUAACAUAUCCGAGUGGCUUAGCUACUGCUGUGCUCAUCAAUGGCUUCCACUCACAAGGAGAUGCACAGGCCAAGAAACAAGUGCGCGGUUUCAUGAAAUACUUCUCAUUUAGUUUCUUGUGGGGAUUUUUCCAGUGGUUUUUCUCUGGCAUAGAAGGUUGUGGGUUUUCUCAAUUCCCAACCUUUGGCUUGAAAGCUUGGAAACAAACGUUCUUCUUUGACUUCAGCAUGACAUUUGUAGGAGCAGGAAUGAUCUGUUCACAUUUGGUUAACAUAUCUUUGCUUCUUGGAGCUAUCCUCUCUUAUGGCUUAAUGUGGCCUCUUCUUGAUAAAGCCAAAGGCUCUUGGUUCCCUGAGAACCUCGACGAACACAACAUGAAGAGCAUAUACGGUUACAAAGUCUUCUUAUCCGUAGCUCUAAUCCUUGGAGACGGUCUCUACACUUUCGUUAAGAUCAUCUUUAUAACCAUUAUCAGUAUAAACGCAAGAAUGAAGAACAAAUCUAAUGUUCUUGAUGACGUGGGUGACAAGAAACAACGGAAAUUUCUCAAGGAAGAUGAGAAUUUCCUCAGGGAUAAAAUCCCGAUGUGGAUUGGAGUCGCCGGAUAUCUCACCUUCGCUGCGGUAUCAACCGUCGUGGUUCCUCUGAUAUUUCCUCAGCUGAAAUGGUAUUACGUCAUUGUAGCUUACAUUUUCGCGCCAUGUAUUGCUUUCUGUAACGCCUAUGGAGCUGGACUUACAGACAUUAACAUGGCUUAUAACUACGGGAAGAUCGGUCUUUUCGUUCUCGCGGCAGUGACGGGAAAAGAGAACGGCGUUGUGGCCGGACUUGCCGGGUGUGGACUGAUCAAAUCGGUUGUUUCGGUUUCUUGUAUUUUGAUGCAAGAUUUCAAGACGGCUCACUACACGAUGACGUCACCUAAGGCCAUGUUUGUUAGCCAAAUGAUAGGGACGAUCGUUGGAUGCAUCGUAACGCCGUUAAGCUUCUUCUUGUUCUACAGAGCGUUCGACAUCGGAAACCCUAACGGCGAGUUCAAGGCUCCUUACGCUUUGAUCUACAGAAACAUGGCGAUUCUUGGGGUGCAAGGCUUCUCUGCUCUGCCUCUACACUGUCUCCAAAUGUGUUACGGGUUUUUCGGGUUUGCGGUUUUGGUCAACGUCGUUAGGGAUCUUACUCCGGCGAAGGUGGGGAGGUUCAUGCCGCUUCCGACGGCGAUGGCGGUUCCGUUUCUUGUCGGAGCUUAUUUCGCGAUUGACAUGUGUGUUGGGACUUUGAUUGUGUUUAUUUGGCAGAAGAUAAACCGGAAGAAAGCAGAGUUUAUGGUUCCGGCUGUCGCUUCAGGGCUGAUUUGCGGCGAAGGGCUUUGGACUUUACCGGCGGCGAUACUUGCACUCGCUGGAAUAAAACCUCCAAUAUGUAUGAAGUUUUUAGCUUCAUAG